AUGGAAAGAAGUGCGUUGCCAGCAGUGCCGUUAUUAACAGGAUCCAAUUACUUAGUCUGGGCUAUGAAAAUGGAAGCAAUUCUAAGCCUAAAGAAGCUGGACAAAAUGAUUAAUGAAGAAAAGCCAGCGGAAAAUGCCGAACAAAAAACAAGGAUCGAAUGGGAAACGAAGAAUAAAGAAACAGUGGCAUAUAUACGUUUACAUUUAUCGGACGAACAAGCAUUACAGUUCGCAACCGAAAAUGAAGCGAAAUUAUUGUGGAUCAAGAUUAAGAAUGCAUACGCAGGAGCGGCAGAGGAUCAAAAGAUCGACGCGAGCAACGACUUGAAAUUUCUCCGUAUGGAAGAGAAGGAAACAGUGAGCAACUAUAUUGCACGUGCACGUGGCUUAGCUACAAAAUGUGCAUCGUUAGGAUUAAAUGUGACGCCACGAGAAUUAGUAUAUUACACAGUACGAGGGAUAAACAACCAACAUAAAGAUAUCCGCGAAAUAUUGAAAACGCAACGGGAAAAAUCCUUGGAGGAAAUUCACGAGAUACUCAAGGAACGUGAGAAAGAAUAUCAACGUCGUGGAAGCCAUAUUAGAGAAACGGACGGUGCUUACGCAGUCCAGAGGAAGAACGACAAGAGGUGCUACAACUGUGGAAGAAGCGGCCAUAUUGCGAAGCUCUGUUGGAAUCGUAAAAACUACAAAGAGGAUCAUCACAGGGCUACCAACAACUACAAACGAGACGGAAGGAAAGACAAUGAUACGAACCGAGGAAUUACAGAGAGGAAGAAAUCCGCCAAUAGUAUAGUGAAACCUGUAAAUGGCUGGUGA